GGCUACUCUAAUUCAGAGAAGGAGGAGGAGAAGAAGAUCGGGGAGGAAUACAACCCAGAGAAAGAUGAUGAUUCAUUCACAUAAGAAGAAAUGCCUCGAGCUGAUAGACACUUUCCUGUCAAAAAACAGUGAGAGACACAAUGGAAACAAAGGAAGUGAUCAACCUUGCUCUUCAGCUAGAGAAGUUAGCUGCAGAGCAAAGCUUCGGGAGCAUCAUGACCCUGCUUGAUGAUCUUGAUAAGGCGAAUAUAACUCCGGAGCAGCUGGAAACAACGGAUAUCGUCAAAGUCCUUUAUAAACUCCUAAAAACUUGUUCGGGGAGUAGUGUGAAGAAAAAAGCAAGGAGUUUGUUGUCAAGGUGGAAGAGGCAGUACAGUAGAGAGAGGCAGGAAGACAAAUGUUUGGGUAAGAGCACGGGUUCUGGAAAUUCCUGUGGGGUUUCUUUAGAACCGAUAGGGGAUAAUAGUGUUUCCAGGGAUUCUCUUCCAGAUUUUAAACAGAUUUCUGGAGCUAGUAAGGAAAGUUCAUCAGAACGGGGAUGUCACACUUCCACUGGAGUAAAGGCCCCCAGCUCUUGUGACUCUGUGAGAACUAAAUGUGUUAAUCUCCUGCUUGCCGCCCUCCACCCUGAGCCUCCUGAUCAAGACAAAGCACCAGAGCUCGCUAAAAGCAUCGAGCAGCACCUCCACAACCUCCACGGAGCCAGCCAUCUCAAAUACAAAGCCAGCAUAAGGUGCAAGCUGGCCAAUCUAAGGAAUCCCAAAAAUGGCCACCUAAGGGAAGGACUCCUUUGUGGCUCUCUGGCUCCUGAGGUUUUCGCCCGAAUGUCUGUAGAGGAGAUGGCCAGUGCUGAACUGCGUCAACUACGGGAGGAAUACUCGUCCCAAGGAGUGAGCGAGAGGCAGCUCCCCCAAGGGUUGGAGGGUACACCGACGAAGAAGAUCCACUGCAAAAGAUGUGGAGGAUCAGACUGCAGGGUGACACAGGUGUCUAGAGGAGCCCUGUUUUUGCCUGCGUGGGUGAGGCGUGGUGGCCCUGAUGAGGACGCAAUGACCUUUGUGACUUGUAGCCGGUGUGGCCAGCAGUGGUACCACAGCAGCUGGGUGUGCCUCUGAAUCAAAACAACAGGUUAUUUAACAGCAGUGAUUGCUUAGUGAUUAUCUAAAGGGGGGAUUUUAAUAAAAAACAUAUCAGAUGGUUACAGAUAAUUGAUUCUAUGUAAACUUUGUUUGCAUUUUCUUCUUAAUCUGAAACUGAGAAUAAGUUUGGCUGCUUGAAUAAAAGUCCAAACAGUGCUGCUUCAUCUUUACUAAAGUAAAGUCACUACAUUAUGAAGCUGCUGCCCGAAACCACAGCUUCUAAAAUCAGCCAGUCAUCAUGUUCCCUAUGAUUCAUUUCCUGCCUUCUUCAGGUCUAAUAUCUAAGAGGUUUAUAGACUCAGAGUGGUUGCUAUUACUAACAACUUCCUGAUAAUGUUUGUGAUGUAGAGGUCUAAAAUGCCUUAAAGUGUUCACAUCUCUAAAACCGCUUUUGUCCCAUUACAAUGUGUCUUCUACGAUUGCCCCCCUGGUCAAACCUCUUCCACUGUUGCCCUAAACUAAACAAACACACAACUGCCACAGAUAAAUCAUGUUAUGCAAAAACCAAUAAAAACUGCCAAAAUGUUGAUUUCCUUUUACAAAAACUAAAGUUAAUCAUUCUCUAAUAGAUGUUUCACAACUUAGCCCUGUUUUAAGAUGUCAAUAAUCAGUGUACGAUAAGUAUAUAAAUUAUUCCUCUUUAUUCUUUUCUCAAUCCAAGGUGGUCCUAAUGCCUUUCUUCUUAAGAGUCCUAAGGCAUUAAAAAGGAAUAAUGGUUGUUUAUAUUUUGGCCAAAAUUUAAAUGAAUAAGUGUUUGAUACUGAAUAGUUCAGAAGAAAAUCUUAAUAGUAUAAUUAUGAAUAAUAAUGAACUUCAGUUUAGCUACCAGCUUCAGUGUUAGUAGCUUCCUCUGGUGUUCUGCAGUAUUUAAACUGUACUUGUGCUGUAGUGGCCCAACAUGAUUAGUUAUAUAUGGAGAUACACAGUGUAUAUAGAGACAUAUGCAUGCAUUGUAUUGUUUUGAAAAAUCAAAAAGACGAAAUAAAUAUAUUCGAUAUUAAAAUAUUUGAUAAGAAGGCAGGGAAAACUGAUAGAACCAUCUGGUUGGAUGAAUAAAGGAUGCAGAAAAUUGAUACAUUCACAUAAAAAGCUUUUCCAAAUCUUUUUUUUUUCUUUUGCAUGAAAAGAUUUUUUAAUUACUUAUCACAAAUACAAUUAAACAAAGCCUUUGUUUAAACAUAAAGUCUC